CAUGAAACAAUAGUUGGUCGGUGUAGCAACGGAGGAAGUGAACGAAAGAAUGCUUAGUGGAUAAACGCAAGUUGCUUGUUGCUCUUUGUUUUUUUUGCAUCUUCUACCACAUCUCUUUUAUAUGAUCGGUUAUAUCAGUUGUAUAAUUUUGUCAAUAAUACUUGUGGAAGCGAUUCCCUGCUAUUUUGCUUGCAAGUGAGCUUCAAGUGGAGAGAUGACGGUAUAGUGUUCGCAUCGGAGCGUUUGCUUUCUUCAAUUAUACGCCAUCGUUGGUUCAUAUUGAUUUAAUUAUAUACGUUGACGAUAUCGUGGUACUUGGUUUGAUUUUCAUUGACUGAACUUUCUUUCUGUACUUGUUUUUUUUCUUUUCUUUUCUUUAUUAGUAUUACUUUUUUCAAGUAUUGCUUUAUUAACUUAAGAACAUCAAAAUAUCAUUUUGUGAGAGAGAAAAAAGUGAAAAUUAAAGGAAUAGGAAAGAUAGCGCAAAACGUAUAGAGUGAAUUGGAAUAGUUCAACUGUGAAACUAAGCAAAAAAACACAGAGAAAAAUAACAAACAAUUCUUUAACUAUCACAACUUCCAGCAACAGCGUCUAUAUAUGGGUGCAGCAGUUACGAUAAACAGUAUCACCAACUUCAGCGCCAGUUCUGUACUUUUUACAGUAAAUUAUUUGCGAUAAAUCAACAGUCUCAACUGGAAACCGAAGCUGAAAACCUGAAGUCUGUGGUCUUAUAACAGACAUACAACCUAUUGUUGCAAAGUUUUUAACUUACUGUUGAAAUAUUAUUGCUGAUCUACCGUUUUAAGGGGUUACCUUAAAACAUAACUCAAGCACAAAAAUGUUUUCACACAUGGAAGGAGUCAACAAAUUCUGCCGUCUGACUUAUCGAGACUUUUGGAGGUUACUCCUAUUUCUUCUAACAUUUCAUAUCAGUUUUGUGGAUGCAGGUCACAAACAAAAAAACCUUUAUACAUACCCACAAAAUAAUUCUGACUGCCCAAGGACAUUGGUUGAAGUAAAUGCAGGUCACCUGGGUGUGAAGGCAGUACUUGCAAAACAUGAAAGUGCAUUGCUCAUGUUACUUGGCUUCGGUGGAUUCUCUGUUAUCUUAGCAAUCUUAUAUAAUGCCGUACGAAAAUAUAUCUACCACGAUGAACACAACUUGGACACAACUUUUGAUGCCGGUGGCAAUGUAAGUCUUAGUUUAACUGCUGUUACCGUGGCAUCGCAGUUAUUUUGGCCUGGAGACAUCUUACAGAGUGCAACACUUGCUACAAAGAAUGGAAUAGCUGGACCAUUCUGGUAUUCUGUCGGUGUCAUGAUAAACAUACUAAUUUUCCCCAUCCUUUCUGUACAUUUCAAGACACGUGCACCAGGAGCAAAAACCUAUCUUCAAGUGAUGUAUGCCAGAUACGGCCGUGCUGCCCACGCAGUUUUUUGCGUUUUUGCUUUAAUGACAAAUCUGAUCAUCACAAUUGGUGUUAUUUUGGCUGGUCAAGCAACAAUCAAGUCUCUGACGAAGGAUGCUUCUGAUGAGUUUUCAGUAAUCAUCAUGGCUACACUGUUUGGUUCUUACUCUCUCAUAGGAGGGCUAGGUACAACAUUCUACGUAUCCUACUUUAACGCCUGCCUGGUCUUCGUGCUGCUUAUCAUAUUUGUAGCGAAGAUCUUCUUUGUGAGUGAUGAAAGAUAUUCGGCCAUCGGUAGCAUGGAGACUAUGUAUGAUGCAAUCAUAUGCUUAAAGGUUUUAGAUAAUCAGAUUGAGAAAUACAGGAAGUCCAAGAUGGACUUCUGUAUUUCUCCAUCCGGUCUCGUGACGCCAAUGAUUGCAGAAAAAAUCCUUGGAGAAGCCGGAGGCAUCAUGAUUCUAACCAUGGGGUCGAUGGCUCUUAUGUCCACAGGUUCCGGUGAAGUUAUGGCAGUAUCUUCUAUUAUCGUGUACGAUAUUUACCAAACUUACAUUAAGCCAUUCAGGAGAAACCUUAAGAGGAACCAAUGCGUUCUGUGUGGGAAGACCAAGGUGAAAAUGGAAACAAACGGUGAUCUGUGCGACCAAAACGGAAGUGGAAGUGGUGGCGGCGGAAGUAGUACAACAGCUCGGAAUGACAAUCUGACUUGUAAAUGCUUAACAGUUUCUGCCUGUCCACGUUGUAAAGAUGAUCUGGAAGCACGUAAUGCUCGGGCUAAGAAAGAACCAAUUCGUUUUCGGUACCAAUGCCCCACUCAUGGUUCUUAUCGCGAAUAUCAAGAUGAUUUAAUAGCCUUCAAAAACUGGUGUAUUGUAUGGGUGACCAUAAGCAUCAUACCUCUUGGUCUGAUGGUGUUUAUGUCUGGUAUCAACCUUAACUGGAUAUUUUAUGUUGGUGCUAUUCUUACAAUUCCUUACUUUCCUCCAGUACUUUUGUCAAUCUUAUGGGUGAAAGCCACUGGAAAAGGCCUCAUAACUGGAAGUAUGAUGGGAUUAUUAUGUGGAACCAUUGUCACAUUAGGAGUAGCUUCUACUUACCCUGGAGGUCUUGGAAAUUUCUUGAUCAACACAGUUCAAGACAAUGUCUUGUUGGCUGGCACAAUAACAAGUUUUGCAGUCAGUUUGAUCUUUUGCGUUGUAACAUCGCUACUGACACAUCAGAUAGUUUCAAAAGAAGCCAAAGAAGCGGAAUGGCAAAAAUUGUUUAACAUUGAUAAUCCUUUAAAUCCUUGGGAACAAAACUACCGAGAAGAACUUGCUGGUAUGGAAUAUAACGAAAGACCGACAUCUCAGCAAAUGAACCAGGCUUUCCGAUCCGCCAAAUUAAUAGCUUAUAUAGGUGGAACUUCCUGUAUUUUUAUUUUCGCAGUAGUUAUCCCAGGUAUUAUGGCGAGUUUUUCAGUGAUGAAUGAAACACAGUUUAAAAUCUGGGUAAGUUUCACGCAAAUGUGGGUUCUCGUAAUGGCUGUCAUAGUUAUUUUUCUACCACCCUUUGAAGAGGUGUCAAGAAUUAUGCGACAGUACAAACUAAACAAGAGUAUUUCAAUGAAAGAAAAUUUUAUAGAAAUGAAAGACAAUUACUAUCCGUUGGAUGAUCAGGGAGCUGCCAAAGUAUAAAAGUUGGAAAAUAUAUUAACGUAGUGUUACGAGCGACCACUAAAUCUACAGGAUGAAAACGCUCUAUGAAACAACAAAGGGGGUAACGAACGAAAAGAUAUCUCACGGUAAAACCAGGACUUGAACAGAAAAAUGCGAAGGCUGCGAAAUAUUAGCGGUAGAUACAGAAAAAUCUUCAUCUAAACUUUUACACAACCAAUCUUUCAUAAUUUAUAGACAUACUACGAGUACAUUUUCGUGUUCUUGUUCAUCAAGUUCGUAUUUUCCAUAAAAUAACAAUAUUUGUUGUUUUGAUUGGUAGCUAACUAAAACAGAAAAUAAAAUGUCAAAAAAAAAAAAAAAUACAAAGAGGUAAAACAAAGGUAUAUUGGUGUUUAGUUUGAAAGUAAUGACUGACAUUGUAACAAUCUCUAGUCUUGUUAAAAUUGUCAUUUGGAUUCAGUCAAAAAGCAGCUGUAUUGUAAAUAGGAAAAGAAAACGUGUAAAAACGAUGAUAUUGUCUGAUGAUUCUGAAGUAGUAAUUUUAAAUGCAUGUCGAAUUAGAAAUACACGUUGAACGGAUUCAGUAGAUGCAUUCAAUUAAUGUACUUUUUGUAGUCAGAAAGGAACAAUUGCACACAAGCACAAAGGCAAUGGAUAUAGCGCGCCGGCCGAUGAACACAUUGUGAAAUGUAGACAUCUGAAAGGAUUAUGCUGUAUACAUAUGUAAAAGUUUCAGAUAUCAUUUUCUCACCUGUUCAGUGUAAUAAAUAAAAUGGUAAACAUUUUCAUUGCUACAUCUAAAUCUCAAUUUCAAUAAGCUGUCUAUGCAAACCUUUGUAAACACAUGAACACAUACGUUUGUAUUAGUAAUGUAUGAACAUAUACAUUUGUAUGUACAUCAUAUAAAAUAUAUGUUUGUAUACGUAACAUGUGGACGUAUACGUUUGUGUGUGUAACAUACUGGCAUAUGCGUUUCUAUUUGUGACAUAUAAACAUAUACGUUUGUGUUUGAAUAUAUACGUUUGUAUGUGUAACAUAUGAACAUAUACGUUUAAACAUGUACAUUUGUGUACCUAACAUAUAAACAUAUACGUUUGUGUAUGUAGAAGGUUAAUGUAAACACAUUUUGAGUGUAUCUUGCUUUUAUAGAUGUAAACAAUUAAAAGAAAUAUGUAAAAUUUUAAUUCGUUAUUAAAAAUAUACAUUUAUGUAAUCAAUAAAUAAA